AUGCCUCCGAAUAAGCUGCUGACAGCGCUGUCGCACAUGGGACCCCGCAAUGUGCGACAGGUGGCCGAGGCAUAUGUGUGGGCGGUGCUCCUGGUGCUUCGAUGGUGCCAGAUGCAGCUCCUGGAGCCCAUUGUCACAUGGUGGUUGGACACGGUGAUGGCCAACUGGGAGGAGACGUUGAAGGCCUGCUUGCGGGAGGUGCUGGCGUACGCCACCCGCCUGCUCAACGGCGCCUCCAACGCCGUGGUGACCCUGCUGUUUGGGCGCUCCGCCUCGUCGCGCAUGCGUGCCACCCGAGCCCGUCCCUCCCCCUGGGUCGAUUGGUGGGCGAGCCGAGGCCGGGGCCGGACAGGCACCUUCAAUGCCAUCCUGGCUCGGGAUGGCCUGGUGCCGGGUGGGGAGAGAGCGGGAGCGGAUGGGUCUGUUGCGCCGGGGUUGCACCCAUCCGGCCGCGCCCAGCGCCAGGGAUGCGAUGAUGGUCUCACACGACUGCCGCCGAAGUCGGGCGCUGGCACGCCGUGGCGCUGGCGGUGGGGGUGGUGGCGCGGCCGGCUGGGGCGCGGGGCCUCGGCAAGCCAAAGCGGCCCUCGUGCAGUGCGCACCAGAGUGCAAGGCGGCGAGCGCGCCCCGCGCCCCGCGCACAGCAGCGGGAGCGAGCUCUUCCGGCGGCCGGGGGGCUCGGGGCAGUCGCAGGGCGCCCCCCGGCGCGGUUUCAUGGAGGAGGGGCGCCUGAAUGCCGAGCUGGCGCUGACCAACACGUUUGCCUGGCUGCGCACCGCCACCCGGCAGGCGCUGAUGCUGCCGGACCCCAGCGUCACUGGCAGCGGCGAUCCCGGCUGGGGCCCCAGCUUCAACGUGCCUGGGAAGGGGGAUGGGCGACCGAUGCCUCGGUCCAGCUCCUUCUCCCACAACCUGCGUGGCUUGUCCCGGAAGCCGUCCUUCAACUCAGCCGAGGAUCUGCAGCACUGGACGGUGGCCGAUGCCAUACUACGAGCAGGGUACCCGCUGGAGAGUCACAUUGUCACCACAGAGGAUGGAUACAUCCUCACCAUGCAGCGCAUACCUCGCAAGGACUCCAAGGAGGUGGUCUUCUUCCAGCAUGGGGUCAUGGACACCUCCCUCAGUUGGGUCAGCAAUGGGGUGGAGGGGAGCCAGGCGUUUGCAGCCCAUGAUGCUGGGUUUGACGUCUGGCUGGGCAACUCCCGCAGCAACCCCCCACGAGCUCAUAUUGAUCCAGCCAAGUCUGGGCUGCGGUACUGGUACUACAGCAUCAAUGAGCUUGGCAUCCAGGACAUGGAUGCGCAGCUGGACUUUGUGCACCGCGCCAAGACAGCGGAGCUGGCCAGAGCUGGGCGCCUGGGACAUGUGCUCGGGGGCAUGGGCGUGUCUGGGCUGGAGCAGCGUGAGGAGGAGCAGGAGCAGGGGGGGCCGGCUGAGGGGAAGCAGCACCGACACGGGACGCUGGGCCUACCCAGAUCCGCACGCUCCUCCGGCCCCGGCGCUCGACGCGGCCAUCGCCGCAGCGGCUCCGACUCCGUGCUUGCAGCCAGGCGGAACCUGGAGCAGGGGGGUGCGGAGAGCUUGGAGAAUGGCCCAGAGGGCGGACCGGGGCCUGGCACCACAGAGGCGCAGGCAGAGGCCGCCAGCAUGGCGCCGGACGAGGGCUGGGGCCCGGCUGCGUCCUGCGCGGGUGGCCGUGGUCAGGAGGGCGGGCUGGCACAGGCUGCCGACAGCGCAGCCGCUCCGCUGGCAGGCGGUCGGGAGGGAGGGGCAGGUGUCCGUGCACAUCAUGCGCAAACGCCUGGGACGGAGGCGCUGGAGGGGUGCAGCGGCAAGCACGCGUCUGCAUUCGCCGCAAGCCAAGCUGCGACUCCAGCUCCGGGGCAGCCCAGGGGCAGCACCGGGGCCCCAGCGCACCCGCCGAGCGGUGUCGGCGGCGCCAUGAAACGCCAGGUGUCGCACGACGACGGCGUCGCAAGCGUGCAGUACCGCCUGCAGGCGGUGGGCCACUCCCUGGGGGGCUGCAGCCUGCUCAUCUAUGCGGUGCACCGCGCGAUGGCGGGGCGGGCCCACCACCUCAAGAGGCUGGUGCUGCUCUCCCCGGCCGGCUACCACUCGCACUAUCCCAGGGCGGCCUGGAUCUUCCUGUGGGUGCUGCCCACCUUCAUGCGUGUGCUGGAGUGGCUGCGGCCGGGGUUGAGUGCUCCCGUCUACAUCCCCUCAUCCCUCCUGCGCUACAUCACCUUCAAGCUCAGCCUGGACGUCCAGCAGCUGCCGGCUUUGAAUGAGCUGCUCAGGGCCGCCUUCCGCCUGCUGCUGUCCGGGGACGGCAGCGAGUGGGACCGGGCGGUGCAGAUGCCACACUACAACCAGUACAGCAUGCCCGCCCUGAGCCUGCACACCGGCGCCCACCUGGUGCAGCUCAUAAAUGAGCGCCGCUUCCGGCUGUACGACCGCGGGUCGCGGCGCGCCAACCGCGCCGCCUACGGCGUGGCCCGGCCCCCGGACCUGGCGGCGCAGUACCACCUCCUGGCCGGGCUGCCGGUGGACAUGGUGGCGGGGCGGCAGGACGGCAUCGUGGCCGCGGCGGACGUGCACACCCACUACACCAUGCUGCGCGACGCGGGGGUGCGGGCGACCUUCAAGGAGUUUGACGUGGGCCACCUGGACGUUGUGUUUGCGAUGAAGGACGAGGUACAGCAUUAUGUACUGCAUCGCCUGCUGCUGCCCCCCGCCCCCCUUGGGCCCCUGGCGUGA